AUGGGUCAUCGGACAGUGAACGUGUUAAGUAACAGUCACACAAGCGAAGUGGAACUAUUGGCAGAUAUACGUAUGUAUACUGAAGUGCAUUGUAAUCGAAGUGAACGUUAUCGUGCCGUAUCGACAUAUGAUAUAAAGAAUGCUACUAAAACAUUCGAUAAAGUUGUUGAGCAAGGGUCGAAACCUACUACACAGGGGCAGCCAUCAUACACACGUUUUAAAAAGGGACAUAAUACAAAGGGACCUACCGCCAAGUAUUGUCAAGCAGUCACGUCGGACGUCGCUUUGAUCGAUACUAACACAGUAAAUAGAACACUAUAUGUAAAACGUGUACAAAUCAAUGAGGAUUCCGAAGAAGUUCAAGGCUUAGUAGACACCGGGAGUGCACUUUGCAUUAUCAAGCGAAGUAUAGCUCAAAAAUAUGGACUGACAAUAAAAUCACGAACAGUUAACCUUAAUGUGUAUGGUAACACCUCUUGUGUAAUUGGUGACGGUGAUACGAAGGCAUGGUUAAAGAUAGACUCUGUAAAGGAAUAUGUAGAUUUAUUAGUUGUUGACGACCACAUUCAAAACUAUGAUAUACUCAUAGGACGCACUUUCAUCAAUAGAGAAAAUGUAUCUUUUAUUAAGACAUCUAACCAGUUGAUUUUUGAUUAUAAUAUGCCACUGCCUUAUAUUGAAGAACCAAAUGAGACAAUAACUGGACAACCUACAAACGUAGAAGUGAUGUUGAUUGAACAUGAAAAAGAACCGAUUACAGCAGGUAUGGUUAAACAUAAUCUGUCAUUCACCAAGGAUGAAGUAACUAAACUGGUAAACCUGAUGAAUGAGUAUCGUCUAUGUUUUGCUUUUCAUAUAUUCGAACUAGGAUGUACAAACGCACUAACUAUGGACAUUGUGGACAAUAAUGUACCAGUGGUAAGCAGACCUUACAGAGCAAGUGCGGCGGAGUGA